UUUCAUUUGCAUUGAAUAAUUCUGUUAGAAAAAAUGGAGGUUACUGGAAAGAGGGAAAUAAAUAAUUUUUCUUGCAUACCAUGUGAAGAAAGUGAUGUGUUGACUCAAGCGGAUGGCUUUUGUACGAAUUGUGAAGAGUAUAUGUGUUCUAGUUGUUUCAAUGCACACAAAAAGUAUAAGCUUAAUCGAGAUCACACUUUAAUGGACUGUAAUGAGGAAGUAACGCAGAGAGAAAGUUCGAGUGAAUUUGAGAAAUGCGAGCUACACUUGAAUGAACCAGUAAAGUUUUACUGUGCACAGCAUGAGCAAGUUGGUUGCGGAGAUUGUAUGGUCAUAGGUCAUAGGUCGUGCAAGGUCGAUUAUGUUCUUGAUAAGGCAAAUGAUCUUACAUGCACAAAAGAGCUGGAGUCUUUGACCAAACGACCGGAAAUAUGCAAGACUGAAGCUAAACGAUUAUUGUCGUCAAUAAAGGACAAUAAAGUUCAAGUUGACGAUAUCAAUGAUAAGUUUAAACAGGAAGUUAACUUGUUUUGGGAAGAGAUGACUACACAAAUCAACAACUUGAGAGAUUUUAUGCUUAUAGAAGGCGAAUGCAUAAAGGACAGAGAUAAUUUGAGUAUGACAAAGUUAGAAGGCGAAACUGAAAGUAUAAUAAAUGAUCUCAGUGUAAUAUCUGAUUUAUUUGAGUCAAAGGUGCAGAGUCCAAGUCAGCUCUUUGUCUGUUCUGUUUCACAAAAACAUAAGUUGGAUCGACUGAUGAAGCAACUUAAUGAUAUCAAAAGCAGAAACAAGAUUGAGCCUUACGAAUUCAUAAAGGAUAGCAAGAUAACUAGCACUUUAGAGAGCCUUGGUCACCUGGGGAGGCUGCAGGAAAACAAAGAUUUAUAUGAUCAAGAAGAUAUCAUAGAACAAGGAGUUUCAAAACCUUUAAAGACAUUUGAAGAUACAGCAAGAAGCGCGGUUUCAACACCAUUACUAGAAAGGCAGUUGAUAUGUAGACAUGUGAAAGUGGAUGGCGAAUAUCUCACUUAUGCAGACAAUGGAAACGGAGAUGUUGGAUUGUACGUUGACAAGAAUGAAAUAGUGGAUGGAACAUACUUAGAGAUUGAGAUAUUGAGUUUAGGACGGCGUGGAACAAUAGCUUUGGGAUUGGUGACAGACGAUUACCCAGCAAAUAAGCACCUUGGAUGGAGACAGAACUCAAUAGGAUAUCAUGGGGACAAUGGCCAGCUUUUUCACAAAAGAGGAAAAGGAACUCAGUUUGGACCGACAUGGCACGUUGGUGACAAGAUUGGUCUCAGGACAUACAUGUUGAUUACGUGCCGGUAA